AGGUUGUUGAUUCAAAGCCAUGUUGACUUUUCCUUUGAGUUAUACCUACUUUGUUGAUUGGUGAUUUUAACAAAAAUGGGUUGAUGAGACUAAAGAAUGGCCAAUGUACUUAAAAAGGACCCAUUUCCUUUUGGAUCUACGAAGGAGGAGUUCCUCAAAGCACUGAAAGAUUUUCAUGCUGCAAGAGGGACUCCCAUUUCGCAUCUCCCCCGGAUUUCAGGAAAGGAGAUUGACCUCCACCAUCUGUAUGCUUUGGUUGUAGCCAGAGGAGGAUGGGAAAGGGUGAAUUCCCGAAAUGAAUGGGGGAGCCUUUUGCCAGAAUUCGGACAGGAAUUGGAAACCGUCAACGCAGCCGUGGCUCUGAAGCACAUCUAUCUGAGGUAUUUGGAUCACUACGAACGCCUCCACUUCCUAGGAGAAGACUUGGACAGGUCCAGGGACGGCGACGAAGAUGGGGCGAGGGCCAAGAGGCGUUUAACCUAUGCCCAGCAAGUUGUUCCUCUCACUUACAAUGCCCAGCAGCAUAAUAUGUCAGAAACCGUGAGGCAGAUGACAGAACUGUCACAGACCGUCUACCAUGCAAGCGACUACGAUCGCCUUGGACUGUCCCUCCUAUCCCCUUUGCCAAAUGAGAGGGACUUCGCCCUCAAUGUGUGCACUCUACUGGCGAAUGAGGGCAAGUAUUCCAUGCAACUGGAGAAGUGCCCUCAGGUCCUUGACUAUCUCCUCUUUCAUGCUGGCAUUUUUAGAGACGAGGGUUUUCGAAUCUUGCAAGAAGAAUACUGGAAAGAGCAAAGGACCCUGAACCUCAUCCGUUUUUGGAAAGAAGUGAUUCAGAAGCAAGGAGUGAAAGAUUUGGUGUUGGAUCACUUUCUGGGAAAACCAGCAGAGGAGGAAGAAGAAUGCCUUCUAUCACCAUCCAGGGAUAGUGUAGCAACAGAGGAUGACCCAGAGAUUGUUGCUAUUUCUUGUGAGGGUCAGGAGGGCAGUGCAUCUAAUAUCUGUGAUAUAGAUGAAGAUGGUUGUGACAGUGACUAUGAGCUGUUUACACUGGGAAGAUGCCUUGGAGUGCUUGACAAGGAAGGGCAGCGGGUGACUCAGAUUGCUUCCAUUCUUCGCAAUAUCAGCUUUGAAGAGAGGAAUGCCAAGAUCAUGGCAGCUGCAGUCCCAUGCCUCAGGUUUAUUUUGGCGUGCUUGAGCAGCAAUUAUGGUUCCUUACCCCAGCUGGCUUGGGAUACCCUAGGAAACUUGAGCCAGGAACUGCAAUUGUCAAAUGUCCAGUUGAAGCCCGUGUUUGUAUCAUAUCUCAGCUAUAUUAGUGAUACCAUCAUGAGCAGAAGAGACAGGGGUAGACUCCUUGCUGCCCUGGAAACUCUGAGCAAGUUAUCUUCCCAAGAUCAAAAUGAAGAAUUCCUUAUUUCGUUGUUAAGGAAUGAGGUGUAUGACUCCGUGUGUUCCCUCCUCACGGUGCCUGAUAUCCAUCUUCUGAUCAUGACUCUGGAAUGCCUCUAUGCUCUGUCUGGAAUGGGAAAUCAGCCUUGUCAGGUUAUCUCAUAUUCUGGAAAUGCAAUCUCUGUCCUCCUAUCCCUUCUCACAAUUGAGGCACAGAGCUAUGGAUCUCAGGCCUGCAUUCAUAUGCGUGUUGUGGAAAAUACCAUGGAAGUUGAUAUCCCACCAGAUGUGGCCAAUGUCCCAUCCGUCCACAUAGAAGAGUCUGCAAGUAAGAAGGUGGCUAGGGCAGCUAUCGUUGAUCAGUCAGAGCGAGAGAAAGAGGCCUUUGCAGUUCAGUGGUUGAAGAAGGUCUAUGUAAUUGAUUUGAACUGCUCUGUGGAGCAAGAUGAUCUCUACAAAGGAUACCUCCAGGCAGUUAGCCAGCAUUUUGUAGGCCAAAAGAAGUCUUUCCUUUAUGCCAGUGGCUUUGCUCACUGUGUCAGGGUGGCAUUUGGGGCUCAGGUGGGUCCUUUGCAGAGGCCAAGACCUGGUGGAGGAAUAGAUUUCAUUUACAAGGGCCUGGUGAAACGUCCUCCCACUAUGAUCACUCCAACAACAGUGUCUUCGUCUCCACCCCCCAUGUCCAUGACUCCUCCUCCCUUGAUGGGGCCACGUGCUGUGGCUGUCAGUUUGUCUCCUACUCCUGCUAAUCAAGAGACUCCCAUUAGUCCCAUAUUGAAGGCCCAGCUGAGUUGUCCUCCUAAAGGAUCUUCACAUUCUACUUCUUUGACACCUUCCACACCUCUAUCACAGUCCUUGGCACUCCCCUCCAACCACAACCAGGUAAUGGCCCAUCCACACUUGAGUCAGGCUCUUCUGGGCAGUAUCUCUGGCCCCAAAGUCCCCACCCUUGGUCAUCAGAGUCAUGCUGAAACCCCAAGGAAAGCUCCAGACCUAUCUGGCUCUUCCUCUUUGAUCAAGAGUCUCUUAGCAUCAAAGGGUGGAACACAUGGGGGAUCUCAUACAGAGGGUGAUGUAAAUGAAAAAGGUUCUGUGGAAGGAGGUAGUAAAGUCAAAGGUCUCCUUGCAGAAAUGCUGGAGAAGAAAAUUGCCAAAGAUCCUGGAACUCUUAAUGGCUUGGUUGAGAAAGAGAUUCGUAUCAGUGAGAAGGGCCUGGAGGUUGUCGGCAAGAAGGCGAACCAUCUUGUUAAUGGUGAAGAUUUCUCUAUGACUCAUGGCACAAAGAGGCCAUCUGUAGAUGAAUCUACUCAGUCUUGGAAGAAGCCACGUUUGAAUGCUGUGACCCAUGACUCCAAUUCAAAUGGGCUUCAAAAGGAGAUUGAUGGGAACACUACAGCAUGUUCUCAUGGUUUGCACUGUGAUGAUAAACCAGAACGGGGAUCAACCUGUAACGAUGGGAUUCACUGUGGAAAAGAGGACCAAGACCAAAUAAACUGCAGUGCCCAGGGAUCCACACGAACAAACACCGACAUGUGUUCUGAAAUGAGUAAAGCCAAUAAUUCUGGUGAAAAGUGUCCAGAUGGCAUUCACUGUGGAGAGGAGAAAUCUUUGAGCCGUAUAAACUGUACCGAUGGUGUUCAUGGUGGUGCAGGUGCCAAGGAAGAAUUUCCAAAAUCAGCAGGGAAAUGUGAAGAUGGAAUUCACUGUGGUACUGAUGAUGAAGAUGAGGCUGAAACCAAGCCAAAUCCUGCACCAUCAUCUGCUUCUUCUGCCAAAAUUUCCUCCUCAAAUACAGCAGCAGGGAGAAAGAAAAUAGUUCUCCCUCAUGUGUGCCUCAAUCCUGAGACAUGUGGAGAGCCAGAAUGCAUGGAGGCUUUCCUUGAUCCACCAACCUCAGCAGCAUCAACACCUAAGCCUCAACCAGAGGCAAUUGUGACCUCAUCUGGACCAACCAGCACUAUGAUCUCAUCUACAUCUCUGAUAGUGAACCAGACACCUGGGAGUCAGAGUCAGCUUCUUGUUGUGAAGCAAGGCAAUCAGCAGUAUCAUUAUGUGGUGCGGCAGCCAAUGAUCGUGCAACAGUCAGGUGGCCCAGGAAGCAGUCAGCUGGUGCUGACCAGCACAAAUCAGACUGGCUCUACAGGGUCAGCUUCACCCCAACAGAGCGCCUUACUAGUGAGUCAGGGACAGCCUGGUCAUAUGAAAACUGCCAUCCUACUUGUGCCACAGCAAACUGGGGCAGGUGGUAGCAAUGCGCAACGGAUGAAUGCCAGUCCAAUCACAAUCACAGCACAUCCUUCAGUUAUCUCCAUCACUCCAUCCAGUGGUGACAGCCAAAGUCAACAGCAGCAGCACCAUAUGCCAUCAUCAGCAAUUGUGACUGGAACAGUGAUUCAGCAGAAACCAGCUACGGCUACCACAGUGACAGUGAAUUCAGGUCCUGCAAGCAACCUCAGGACGCAUGCUAUUACUCGUGCAGCUGCACAAGCAAAUGAAGUGCAAAAGGGGACACUGAAUGUGACUACAAUGAUGUCAAGUGCUGCAAAGACAAUGAAACCAACAGUGUCACAAAAGCCAACUGUAACCAUCACAUCUGGACCUGCAAAUGCACCUACAACUUCUGCCUCUCAAGCCUCUUCCAAGCAUGUGCCAAAGGAUGUAUACCUGUGCGAGUGGCGUGGCUGCCUUGCGGGGUUCAAAAAGGCAUCCUCAGUUUACAUCCAUGCUUGUGAGACACAUGUUCCACAAAAUGCAGAGGAGUUGCCAUGCCUCUGGGAUCGAUGUGAUGGAACAAAAAGGAAGAAGCUCUCUCUCAUGACUCAUCUGCUUGAUCGGCACUGCAAUGAACAACAUGGGAUGGAUGAAAAGGAAAAGGUGUCAUCCUCUGUCUCAACCCUCUAUCCCUGUGUCCAGGUGCUGAAGCUGAAUUUGGUCCGUAGAAGGCAGUUGGCCUUGACAGGCAAGACCACAGUCCCAGAGCCACCAAAGCCUAGCCCUCAUCCUGGAUAUGCCCCAAAUGCUGCCUAUCAGGCAAUCCGGAGGCAUGCCUUGGAUGCUCUUGCUGCUCUUGACAAACAAGCAAGUUUUAUUUUCCUUUGA